AUGGACAAAGUGGGCGAUCACGCCAUUGAUGUGAAAGUUGGUGGUUCUUCAGUGCCUAACUGUCCAUUCCUAGUGAAAGCAUACGAUUCGAAAAAUGUCCGCAUUUCGGAAAUAACGAGCGGAACAGUUGGAAAGCCUAUUUAUUUUUCAAUCGACGCGAGUGCUGCGGGUGCGGGUAAUCUGGAAAUAAUCGUUUCGGCGAACGGAAGGAAUGUUCCCAAUUAUGUUCAGUCAGAAGGAAACGCCAAAUUUAGGGUCAAUUUCAAGCCAACUGAGCCGAGCACUCAUGUGUUGAGCGUUAAAUUCAAUGGAGAGCCCGUCCCAGGAAGUCCAUAUUUAGUGAAAGUGGUGGACAGCACUCAAUCCAUAAUAUCGGGUCAGACACUGAGAAUGGCAUCGUUGGGAAAAGGGGUUGAAUUCACGGUCGAGAAUAGGAACGACGAGUGCUCUGAAUGUAAAGUUGUUGUCACGAGCCCUUCGGGUAAGAAAAUUGAUACAGAGGUGAGCCCACAGACCAAUGGAUUUCUGGUUCAAUUUAAACCCUUUGAAGUCGGACCCCAUCAGGUGCUCGUACUUUUGGAUGGGGUGACAGUUGCCGGCUCUCCAUUCAGUUGCAAUAUAUAUGAUGUGAAUAAAGUGAAUAUAUCUGGUUUUAAUUCAUGUUGUGUUGGGAAGCCAAUGACAUUCCAGGUCGACGCCUCACAAGCAGGAGAGGGAACACUAGAACUGGUGGUCACGACUCGCAAGUCUUCAGUCAGAGCUGAAGUGCUGAUGAAAAGCAGAGGUCUAUAUAACGUGACAUUUAUUCCCCAAGAGAUUGUUUCGCACUAUAUUAACAUCACUUUCAAUGAGGAGGACGUUCCCGGAAGUCCAUUCAAAAUUGAAGUUUUAGAUGAUAUUAAAGAUGCAAUGAAUGGCAAUACAAAUACUAAUACUAAAUCUGAAGAGAAGAGAAUGAAUGGAGGAUUAGUCGGAGUUUUAAAUACUCUGGAAUUUGAUGGAACCAAUUGUGACGAUAAGAUUGAAGCCAUAGUCACUGUCGGAGUUUUAAAUACUCUGGAAUUUGAUGGAACCAAUUGUGACGAUAAGAUUGAAGCCAUAGUCACUGGCCCUCAACAAACAAUUCUUGCGGCCACUGCUCUCAAGACAGGAGACAAUAAAAUAAGAUUAGAGUACAAACCACAGGAGAUAGGAAUGCAUAAAAUAGAGAUAUUCAGCGAUUCAAAGCCUGUCCUCAAGAAACCAUUCUUUAUCGGAGUUUGUGAUCCAAAUAGAGUUAAGAUAAAUGACUUAAACGACGGCGUCGUUGGUAGAGAACAACAGUUCAAAAUCGAUUCCUCGCGGGCCGGACGAGGAGUUCUUAGCGUUAGUAUUCUUUGCGGAGAAAAGGAAAUCCCUUUCAACAUCAAAGAGUUGGCUUCGGCAGUAUAUAUGGUGUCAUUUGUACCCCGAAUUGAUUUGUCUCAUAAAAUCGAUAUUCAAUAUAACGGCCAUUCAGUGCCAGGAUUUCCACAAACCAUAACAAUUCGAGAUCCGUCCCAAUCGAUUAUAGUUCACGGGAACGGUAUUAAGCGAUCCAUACCAGGAGAGAGCAGUACAUUCAUCAUAGAAACGGGUGGCUUUGCGUCGGCUAAAGACUUUGAUAUAAUAGUGACGGAUCCUAACGGGUCGCCACUUCCAGUUAAGUGCUAUCAACAGAAAAACGGCAGUCUUUUAGUUGAAUGGAAUCCAAUGCAAACCGGUCAUCAUAAGGUAGAUGUGUUGCAUUUGGACAAACCAGUGAUGGGAUCGCCCUUCAAAUGUGAUGCAUUCGAUGCCUCGAAAGUAAAACUCGAGAAAAUCAAACUCAAUAAUUUAAUUGUCAACAAAAAAGUCGUAUUCUCUCUAAUGCGACAAGAGGCCGGUUAUGCUGAGUUGGACGUCACUGUCACCAGUCCUUUGGGCAGACAUUUGCCAAUUGAAGUGAAGAGUAUGACUGAAGGCGAGGGAGAACUGAUUGAAUUUGUGCCAACCGUUGCGGGCAAAUACAAAAUAGCCAUAACUUAUGGAGGCAUUGAAGUGCCCAACAGUCCCAUCACAUUCAUAGCACAGGAGGGACUGUCGCCCAAAGUAGAAGGGAAUGGUCUGCACAACGGUAUAGUGAACGAACCGACCACUUUCACGGUGGACGCCUCAGGUAUUUAUGGCGAGCCUGAGGUCAGAGUGGACGGUCCGGACAGUGAGGCCGCCUGUAAUAUAGAGAAGGAAAACGAUAUAUUUCACAUUUCUCUUUGUGUCGGCGAAGAGAAAAGAAUAUCAUUUGAUAUAAGCGAAGGCGGCCCCGGAAAACUGAGCGCUAAGUUAAAGAAUCCGGACUCAAGUAUUGAUGACUUACCUGUUGAACAAACGGGAGGCCAUAAGUUUAGAAUAUGCUUUCGACCCAAAUCUGAAGGCGAAUUCCAAAUAUUCAUAUACUUCUCGGACUUAUUAUUACCACAAACUCCCAUUCAGGCCAUUGUUAGUGACAACUCUCAAACCUCAGAGUGUGCUACAGUUGUGCUCAGAGGACAUGGAUUAGCCGGUGCUCGAGUGGGCGAAGAGUCAGAAUUUACAAUCGAUGGAACAGAUGCUGGCAAUGGACAGCCAGAGGUGACACUGACUGGUGUUAAAGCGGAUAUUCCUGUAAAAGUGGCCCAAAUAAGUGCUAAAGUGUUCAAGGCUAUUUAUAUGCCAUCAAUUCAAGGAACAUACCUAUUGAAUGUAAUUUGGGGACAAAAGCAAGUCAAGGGAUGUCCACUAAAAGUGUCAAUCCUUCCGAGUUGUGACGCAAAACGAGUCAUUUGUUCCGGUGAUGGUCUGAAAGGCGGUUCAAUUGGAAAGGAAAUCAAAGCAUUUAUAGACACACGACGUGCCGGUCCAGGUGAACUCACAGCUCAUUGUGUGGGCGCACAUAAAAUCGCGUAUUGCGAGCUAUACGACCAAAUGGACGGUACGUUUACCCUACUUAUUAAACCACAAGAAGGUGGUAAACAUGUCUUAACAAUUAAAUAUGGUGGCGAACACAUCUCAGACUCUCCGUUCACAUUACGGAUUGCUGGGGCACCGGACGCUUCUAAGGUGCGAGUUAUCGGUCCGGGUAUUGAACACGGAGUCCUACCUCUCUAUCAAAGUAGGUUCAUAUGCGACACCAGAGGAGCCGGUGCCGGUCAGCUCACUGUUAGGAUUCGUGGACCAAAAGGCGCUUUCAGAGUAGAAAUGCAAAGAGAGAGUCAAAAAGACAGAACCAUUCUUUGCAAAUACGAUCCGACAGAACCGGGAGAUUAUAGGAUCGAAGUCAAGUGGUCUGGAGAGCACGUCCCGGGAUCACCAUUUGUGGUCAUGAUUUUUGAUACCCAGGAUGAGUUGACCCGGUAUAUAAUGGGACACUACGGCACUGCCAGCGGUGCCUCUUCUCUGCCACCACUCAAUGCCAUCGAAUGUCUCAAUAAUGGUAUGUCUUAUGGAACCAGUUUUGGAAGAAUGUCUUGGAGGGGAUCUACGGCUGAACUUUAAAUUUUACAUUCAAUACUUAAAUACUUAAUUUACAACAAUUUAUUGUUAUUUAAAAUUUUGUAUAUUUUUACAUUAUUUGAAGCAUUAUUUUACAUUAUUUGCAACCUUAACACACAA